CUGCACUUUAUGAAGCUCUGAAGUGGCUUGUGAGUGCUGAUUAUAGAGAUAAGAAUCUCAUUUGGGGUAUACUAUUCUAAUCAUCUGGCCAUAGGUCUGUGCAUUACUCAAUUUUCUUCUCCAUUAAACUGUACAUUUGACCCAGGCUUGACCAGAUUGGUUCAGUGUGAGGAGAUGAAUUUAAGAGUACCCUUUUUGAUGGAGCCUCUAUGAUGUUUCAGGUAAGAAACACAAUAUUUAGAGACAGGUUUUCUUGUUGGGUAUCAUCAGGGAUCGAGUCCGGUGGUCUUUUGUCCAGAAAACUGGAUGAAUCAUUGAGGUGGUUAAAUAUGUUUUCGUAGAGUAUCAGCAAAGCAUCCAGGAGUAUUUAGGGUCGAUUUAAAGAUUUAUCUAUCUAAUACACCUACCAUUGUGAAGGCCCAGACGAUUAGGAUAGAUGGUGAGUUGUGAUAGUGGAUGUUCAUUUGUGUGCAAUGCUAUACAGUGGGUGAUCAUUCAGUGGGGAGUUUUAUAGACAGUGGGUAGUGGUAUAUGCCAUUCAGUGGGUAGUUUUAUAGUGUGAUGCUUUACUAGCUCCCAGUAAAUCAUUCUGAAGACCCUGAGUGUGGAUUAUAUCAUAAGGAGAGGUCAGAAGGGUGUUUCUACAGAGAUGACCCAUUGGAUGGUGUACUGGCCACCAACAUUACACACCAUAAAACAUCAUUGAUCUGGUGUGAUGGAUAGAACAGGAGCUUACAAACGAGCAUGUACCUGUUAAAUUGACACCGGAGCUGUAACAAUGUGACCCCUGACAAGUUAUUGGAAACAAGCAAUGAAUUAAAGGAGGCAGACUGGGGGAUAAUCCUUUGACAUAGAUGGAUGGGAUUUUCAGUGCUGAGAUUUAUCCGGAUGAGGAUCUAACGACGGAAGUCAUGAACAGCCUGGUGCGGUGUCGGAAUUCCAAGGAUGGAUGUCGAUGGAUUGGCAAGCUCCACAUCUUACAGACACAUCUGGACGAGUGCCAGUUUGACUCAGUGCCCUGCCCCCUGAGGUGUGGGGCGGUGCUGUCCCGUCUGGACUUGGAGGACCACCUAGAAUUUACCUGCUGCAGACGCCAGGUGGUUUGUGACUUCUGUGGGAAGAAAUUCCCCGGAGAUGUCUAUGAAAAGCAGCAUUCAGGGCAGUGUAUCUCAGAAGUCCUGUGGUGUGAGAACAAAUGUGGCGCUCGUCUGGAGAGGCGGUUCCUAGCCAACCACAUGAGAAACGAAUGCCACAAACGAACAGUUCACUGUCAGUUCUGUAACAGGGAAUUCGUACAGGAGACAUUGCAGACUCAUCAAUACCAUUGUCCCAGAUUCCCCGUGGUGUGCCCCAACAGGUGUGACCCCACAAAGAUCCCGCGGGAGGACCUUGAUCUUCAUGUCUCUGAACUCUGCCCCUCGGCCACCAUUUCCUGUUCCUUCAGAGAUGCAGGAUGUAAACACAAGUGUCCAAGAUUCAGCAUGGAGAAACACAUAACAGACAAUGUACAGCAUCAUCUCAAGCUCAUGUGUGAUUUAUCAAAAUCUCAACAAAACCAAAUCACUCAACUGUGCAAUGCCCUGUAUUCACUCACGCACGUCACAGAUGGUGUGUUCAUCUGGAAGCUCGAGAACUAUAAGCAGAAGUUCCUGGAAUCGGCGUACAAGAGUGUAGAACUUGUAAGUGAGCCAUUCUACACAUCAAGAUAUGGCUACAAAAUGGCUGCCUCAGUGUUCCUGAAUGGAAAUGGUGCAGGAGAAGGGAAAUAUUUAUCAGUGUACAUAAAAAUCCUCCCAGGGGAGUAUGACAACAUUCUGGAAUGGCCAUUCACGUUGCCCAUUUCAUUUUCCAUUUAUGACCAGAAUUUGGAAUAUGACCUGAGAGCAAACAUCACUGAAAGUUUUCUGCCAGAUCCAACAUGGAAGCACUUUCAGAAACCAGUCAAAGACACUUCCACUCUGGGUUUUGGUUACCCCAAGUUCGUGUCUCACGAAAUCCUGAAAACCAGAAACUACAUCAAAGAUGACAGCAUUAUCAUUAAAGUGAAAGUAGACAGCUACAAAAAUUGCAUGUCUCCAUGACUACCUCCUUGAAAAAUCAAAUGGAUAAAUGUUUUCAUUAUUACGAUAUUUAAUUUUAUGUAUUGUAAUUGUAAAUUAUGGUAUUUUAAAAUCUGUGUGUCUUCA